CUGAGCCAUCUCUCCAGCCCUUGAUGAGUAUUCUUGUGUGUAGAGUUGACUGACUGUUUAACAGUCAUUAGAAAUGAGAUAAUGGCACCAGUUACAACUUAAAGAAAUGUUAACUAUAUCAGUGUACCAUCCAAAACUUGACAAUAUUUUUAAUUUCCUGAACCCCCACCCCACCCCUCAUUCCUGUGCUCUUAGCAGCCCUUGCGAGGUUGAGGAUGAAACCCAGGACAUUGGGUACGGACAGCAAGCACUGUAUCUUAUCUUUAAAAGACAUCCUCAGCAUUCAGUUAGAUUCUUAAUUUGAAAGCUUGAUUCAAUAUUUUAAUCUCACUUAAUGCCAUCUAAACAACACACUAAAUUAAUGGUAGCAAGGGGAUUCAGUGGCAGUUUCAGGUCAGAAUUCCUAAGUAUGAAAGAACAGUUUGAAGACUUAAGAGAGUAUUCUUAAACAGUUGCAUUGCCAAAUAAGCUAUCUUAUAUCUUUUUUUAAUUUUUUUUUAUUUUUUGAGAUAAGGGUUCUCAAUGUGGCCCUGGAUGUCCUGGAUCUUACUUUCUAGACCAUGCUGACCUCAAACUCAGAGACUUGGUGAUGUGUCUAAUCUUUGACCACCAUAUCCCACCCCAAGAUGCUUCUCUGCACUACCAGUGCCCACAAGCUUGAGACUGUUUAUGACCAUAAGUUUCUCAAGAUGUCUAUCAAAGAAUCUUGUGAGAAAGAAGAAAAGUCUCAGAAAAAACAGACUACUACCUCUUCAACUUUUAUUGAGGACAAGGAGGGAGAAAUCUCAGCAGGCUCCAUUAGUUCAGCACACUGUAUUAAACCUAUUUCAGCCAAGAAGAGAAAACUGAAAUCAGAUGAUACAGACAUUUUAUACUAUAAUACAAACAGAAAACAAGAUUUGAAAAGAUCGAAUGUAGAAGUUGACACGCCCAGAAAGAGACCAAAAUUCAGUUCUUCAACUGAAGGACCUACUAAACUCCAAGUAACAUCAUAUUCAAAUAACAAUCAAGUUACUUCACAGAGUUGUUCAUCAAAUGGAACUAAAGAUACUAAACUUAAAGAUAGUAAAUUGACAAAUAUGGGAAGUAAGCUUGAUUAUGAAAUAAAAAAACAUCACAGCAUUAAAAUUACCAAAGAUACGAAAUCUAAAGCUGAAGGCUGGACAAAGGAAAAGAAUUGGCCUCAUUCACUUAUUCAGGAGAAUAUGAAAGAAUUCAAGAAAGAGAAGAACAGUAAACUCAGAGACAGUUCUGAAGAAUUAGAGAAAUAUAAGAAAAAUCAGCUUCCUCAGAAUUAUAAUUUCAACAAUAUAAUCAAGGAACCGUUUGACUCUGGAAGGAAGAAGAUCAGCUUCAAAAUUCCCAAAAAGCCCUCUGGCGCCAUCCAGAAGCUUGUAAAAGGAAACGUCUUCAGUGUAGAUUCUAGAAAAUCAAAGAAUAAACCGGAAAAAAAGGAAUGCUUGAAAAGUUCCCAGACAUCAUUGGAUUUGACCAGGCACAAAGCUGAAAACUUGUUUUCAGCUUCCACAUGUAAGCAGACUGUCUGUGAGGGGGAAAGAAAAGACCUUCAUGAGCAUCCAGAAGUUAAUAGUUCAGAUUCUAAGGAAAACCGUACCCAGGAUUUUGAAACACCAUGUUCUUCAGUGUCAUCUGAGAACAUCCAAGAUACAGAUGAAGAGAUGCAGAUAGUAGAAGAGCUCCACGCUGCACGUGUGGGAAAAAGUGUGCAUUUACCUGUGGUUCCACCUUCCGGAGAAUUAAUGAAUAUGGAAAUUGACUUGGUGGAAGAUGAUGUGCAUUCUGCUGACAGAAAGCUUCUAAUUGUUAUUGACACAAAUAUUCUGAUGAAUCAUCUUAAAUUUGUUAAAAUUUUGAAGACUACAGAGAUACCAGGCUUUGACACACUUGUGUUAAUAAUUCCCUGGGUGGUUGUGCAAGAGCUAGAUCGCAUGAAGGCAGGAAAAUUAUUAAAACAUGUCCAGCACAAAGCUGUGCCUGCAAUUCACUUCAUCAACGAAAGCCUCAGAAGUCAAGAUAGAAAGCUGUGGGGUCAGUCAUUACAACUGGCAUCCCAAAAACUUUAUGGAUUGAGUGAUGAGAACAAUGAUGAUCGAGUAUUAAAAUGCUGUCUGCAGUACCAGGAAUUAUUUCCAUAUUCUCUUGUUAUUCUGUGCACGGAUGAUAGAAAUUUAAGAAGUAAAGGACUGAUAAGUGGUGUGAAGUCACUCAGUAAAGAAGAAUUGGAUGCAGAGAUAGUAUCUUUAGCUCUGAACACAAGUGUGUGUCCUCAGCCUUGUAUUUCUAAGCAACAGCUGAAAGCAGAAACAGCACCUGUACAGGAGACAUCUAAGGAAAAAUCUACAAAUUCUGGAUUGUCCAUUGUGCUUGAGCACAUUAUAUGUGAUUUUGAAAAAUCUCUUGGAACAGCUUUAUCUUCAAUAUUAGAAACAGAAAUGAAAAUUGCUUUUGGAAAUCUUUGGAUGGAGGUGCUGUACUUGAAACCACCAUGGACUCUAAUAAACAUAUUGCAGUGCUUUAAAAAACAUUGGCUGGCUGUAUUUGGAUUAGUUAUGGAAAAUAAUUUGCUGUUAACUAUUGAGAGCCUAUAUGAAAAUCUCUUGAAAGCUAAUAAUGCAGUGGAUUUUAAAACAGUAAAAUUUCUGCUUCAGGAUUCUAAAAGUUUGUUACAUGCCUUCAGUACAAGGUCAAAUUAUGAUGGCAUUCUUCCACAGACCUUUGCGCAAGUAAACAAACUGCUUCAAGUACUUGCAGAGGUCAAGACAAAACUGAAGCCAGAUUCUUCAGAAAGCACAGUGAAUAAAAAGCAGAAAGACACUUCUUUGAAGCUUCAUAACCAAGACGUCACUGUUUUCUCGGAUUCUCCUCUUCCCCAGUUUACUAGGCAUCAAGAAAUAUGGUCUAUCCUGGAGAAUGUUUGGACUUUAAUAUAUCAGAACAGCACAGAUGUGUUUCAGACACUGGACUCAAGUUCAACUCUGACCACUUCAAAAAUAGCAUCAUUUGAAGAAGCAUUUAUAUAUCUUCAAAAGUUAAUGGCAGCUGUAAAGGAUAUUCUUGAAGGAAUUCAAAGAAUUUUAGCUCCUAAUAGUAAUUUUCAAGAUGUUGAGACUCUCUAUAACUUCCUAGUCAAGUAUGAGGUAAGCAAAAAUGUCAGCUUUACUGCCCAGGAACUUUAUGAUUGUGUUUCUCAGACUGAGUAUCGGGAAAAAUUAACCAUUGGAUGCCGCCAACUGAUUGAGAUGGAAUAUACCAUGCAGCAGUGUCAUGCAUCUGUCUGUAUGGAAGCCAAAAACAGAGGAUGGUAUGAAGACAUGUUCAACAACAGGACUUAAGUUCUUGGGAGGAAUGAUAUCUAUCAUCAUGAGUAACCCAGUAACUUUCAAACUGGUUGCUUUGUUGAACCAAAUGUAGGAUAAUUACAAAAAAAUCUUUCACAGAUAACAAAGAAAAAAGUUUUAUUGACCAUCUCAUUGAAUCCAAUGUAGGGUAAACUGUAGACCCAGCUCUUCUGGAGUUGACAAUACUUCCUACCUCUAAAGAGAAGAGAGCCAUCUUAGUGUUCCUGAGGCAGGAAUCACUGUGACAUGAUGGCAGCCCACAGCCUUAGCAUCUCUCCUCUGAAUGUGGGCAUGUGACCAGACACUGCCAAGCCCUAAGUUUGAAGACAUGGCCAUGCUACAACAUUCCAUGAAUGGGCUGCUUUCAUGAACAAACUGCCAUUUCUAUAAAACUGGUGGGAAAACCCACCACCACCUUCAGGGAUAUGAAGUAGAAUUUUGAUCUAGCACCUUCUCCUCUGUAGCUGCUUUGGGGGCUGUGUCAUUUUUCUGUGCAUUUCCAGAACCUCCUCUGAGGUUGCCCCUUAACUAUGAAGCAGUAUGGAUUUGGGGAAUUAGAUGGCAGUGGCUGCUCUUUGCCCCUACCCAAAACUCAAGUGUUUAAUUAACUUAGUUAUACAUUAAGUUGGAAAUCCUUGUUUACUGAAGUGUAUUAUGUUUUUGUUAAUAUAUUAGAUUAAGUCAAAUUUGAUAUUCUAUAAUAAAUGUUUAUUUUAAAUAACAAUAAAUAACUUAUUUUAGUAA